UUUACUUUUCCGUCCUGUAUUUCGUUCGGCUUCGUCGGCGUUCGACUUUGCUCCUUCGACGACUUCCUGUUAGAUCGGAAGUUACGACAUUUUUUUGAUCUGAAGCAACAACGGGAGCUCACUUGCUGUGAAGGUAACUUUCUCCCUUUCGCGCGCUUCUUCGGUCAAAUCCCGUAAAUCCGCCGAACCAAUGGAUUUCGUAAAUCCGGGAUUACCACGAUAAGAGGGAAUUUUCCGUCAACCGCGGCUUUCAUUUACCGUGAGAUUUGAUUUUGCAUUUUAGGCCGUUUGGCUGGAUUUCGCCCAAAUCCGGCCUUAAAUCCGGCCUAAAUCCGCAUACCAAACAGCCCCCUAGGGAGAUCGUACGCCGUAGCAGUAAUUUCUGAUGGCAGGCGGUGAUGGACGAGGUCGAUCAUCACCGGAAGAUGAUGCUGACCAUUACGCCGUUCUCGGCCUACCCUCCGGUGAGGAAGGAUCAAAGCUAUCUCUUAAAGAGAUCGAGAAAGCCUAUAAGAAUCAGUCUCGCAUCCGCCACCCGGACAAGCGCCCCAAUGAUCCAAAUGCCACCGCAGAUUUCCAGCUUCUGACCUCCUCAUUUGAGGUUCUCCGUGACGAGAUGUCACGCUGUUGUUUUGAUGCAAAGCUCCGAGCUCGACGCGAACGUGUCCUACGGGAUUCACUUCAGGACGCAAAGCGCCGAAAAAUGGCCACUGAUCUUGAUGAGAGGGAGCGAUCUGCAGCUGCGGCUGUCGAUCCGGCUGAGCAGGGCCGUCGGAAGGAAAAGAUGAAGGCGGAUGAGUUGAAAAGGGAGAUCGCGGAGUUCAAAGCAAGGCGCGCGAAGAAGGCUUCUGAGCCGAACGGGAAAGAGAAGGCAGCAGAAGAGAAGGUAGGUCCAGGCUUGGAUAAAGGGAGGAUGUUGAAGGUCACUUGGGAGACAAGUGCUGGCGAUUAUAGUGCUGCCAAGCUACGGGGAAUUUUUGCGAGGUUUGGCAUUGUUGAGGAUGUUGUGAUCCGGUCAAAGAGUUCAAAGAAGAAGGCUUCAGCUAUUAUUGUAAUGGCUUCCAAAGAUGCUGUGGUAAGAGCUAUACAAAGUAUGAGUGGUGACACAACAAAUCCAUUGCUUGUUCUUCCACUGGAACCUAUGGCACCCAGUUUUUCUAGUACCUCGUCUACUAAUCAUAACGAGAGCAUGGGCCCUGAAUUUAACAAUGUUGUCGGAGCUGGCUUUCAAAAUUAUGAAGCAUUUGUAAUGAAGAAACUUCAGGAGGCUAUUGAUAAGAAGAAAAACAUUCGAUAGUACAAAAAAUUUAUUUACCUUAAUGGGUUAUACUGGUACAUAAAGGAUCUUCAGGGGAGGCGUUCACUUGAUAUUGUAUCAUGAUUCUACGUUGCCUGGCAAGGCUUAUGUGAAUUUAUUCAUGUCUGAUGUGCCUGUCAAGAAUUGCCUGAGCUCUGUGCUCUUGUGGCUCAAUGACAUGCUUUCUGAAGGUCCAUCAUCUUUUCUGUUUGAAGAGCGGAUAACCAAAUUUCGCAAGCAAAGGACUACAUUUAUUAAUGUGCACUGAACUGGAUACAUUUUCUAUUUGCUUGACGAUAAUAUGCCUACUUCUUGCUGAUUGCUGACUGACCUAUUCAUCAUCUGGCUGUUGUUCUUAAAGUUUCGAUGGCUUCUGAAAAAUAUGGGUGCUUUGCUUGGAGAAAUUAUUUUGUGCUGAGGCCGAAUGAAGAACACCGUCCGGAGAUCAACCAGAAUGCGCUAUGUCAGCGGUACUGAGCAGUUCCGAGCGAAUGGGUGAUGUGGCGCAUUUUGGUUGGUCUCCGUACGGCGUUCGGCAUCCGCAUAGAAUAAUCCGCCCUUUGCUUGGGGUUUCAAUUAUGACAUUCAUUAUUGAUACUAGAAUGUUUUUUGUUGUUCUUACCGUUUGGAUGGCCUUUGACAAAUAUGGGGGCUUUGGGGUUUCACUUAUUACAUUCAUAUUUUGGCCAAUCAUUAUUGUUAUAGAGAUUUAUCUCUUAAUUUUCUUCUCUGUAAAUUUUUUUACUCUUCUUUUUGUCUGUUUUGGAACUAUUUGCUCAAUGAAAGCCGUAACCAAUCUUUAGGGGUAAUAGCUAGGAAGCAACAUAACCCUAGACCCCUUAACUGAGCAUCUUAGCCUAUAGGACUAAGUUGUAAGACCCGCCAUUUGGACUACUUCUAAGCGAAGCAGUAAGACCCGCUUAUUAGAGAACUUCCAAGUGAACGACCCUAGAUUUAAAACUCAAAACCACAAUGGGCAACCUGGUUUAUAAGAAUUAUUUUGUAAGACCCACCACCUGACAACUUUCAAAUGAAAGCCGUAAGUCCAACCUUAGGGGAAAGUCUUAGGUAAAAAAACGCCUAACCUCUAACCCCCAUUAACAAACCCUUGGGCUACUUCUAAGUGAAGUAGUAAGAACCACGCGUUAGGGAACUUCUAAAUGAAUGACCCUAUAUCUAAAUAAUUAAAUCACCCGGGCCACCUAGCUUACAGGGAUAGGUCGUAAGACCCGUCAUUAGGCAACUUCUAAGGAAGUCAUAUAAUGUAGAAUGGGUAGGAGGAUUGAAUCCUAUGGGUCUUGAAUAUGCAGGACGGCACGUCAAUAAUGUUGGAAGAUGUGGACAGCCAAUUGGAUUUUCCAAACAGUAGUUCAAGGUCUUCCAAGGGUGGAGGAAGUAAAGCUACAGCUGAAAUUUCUGGCUGCAGUUUUUGGGAGUAAGAGGGUUCAAUAUUGUAAGGAGUUUGGAGAGGUGCUAGUGGAGGAGUUUCCACGUGAUGGCCUUGGAAGAUUUCGGCCAGCAGAGGAAUUUUAAUUCCCAAAAUAAAAGAAUGAGUUUUGAAAAGAUGUAGAGGUGAAUAUAGUAAGGGGAAUUUCGGCCAGCAGAGGAGGAGAACCUGAGAUUUAAUUCCCACUUGGGAAGAGUUAUUUUGGAAAGGUUUAAGACGCGGGGAACAAGAAGAAUUUCAGCCAAAAGGAAAAAGAAGAGUUUUGAAUUGUUUCCAAAAGGGGUGUAGUGAUUUCAAGAAACAAUUUCAAAGGAGAUCUCUAUGGGGCCGGCGGCAUAGGGAGUAUGAGGUGGGAAUUUUGGAGGCAUUCAAUGCUUUAUUAAAUUAAGAAAU